AUGCCACGGCACAAAGUAUUAGCUUCGCCCAAAGAUAUCUUCGUGGUCUGCCCCACACUUGUGAGGUACCUUAGAGCUGCAGAGGCGUUUGUUAUCAUUUCUAUUCUUGUGCUGCUUACCGCCGUUAUUUUUGGCCUGGUGACGUGCUGCUGCUGCGAACACCCCGAGGUCUUCGCAACGAUGUGGUCGGUGCUUGGCAUUGUGACGGUUAUGGUCGUUUGGGUACUUAUGGCCCAUGCGUACAACCAGUUGGUUGGUGGCUGCCUCACGACGCCCUUUAAGCAUACGCAAAAGCACGGCGGACGUGUUGCCCUCCUUGUGACUGGAUGGUGCAUUCUCUUUGUCGUCAUUGUGUUUUUCAACGUGCUAUAG